AUGGGCCAAACAGAAAAUAUCAAAAGCAAUGAUGGAUUGUACAUUGAUGAAAAUGUGCUUAGUAAUAUUUUCAGUAGAUUGGAUAUUGAGUCUACUGGACGAUUCCGUUGUGCGUGUAAGACCUGGGAAGAACUUCUUAAGUUGCCAGAUCUUGUUACAAGAAAACGUGAUAUGUACUAUAAUGAAAGUAUAGAGCACUUGCUGACCUUCACUCAGAGAAAUAUUGAAAUCGACGGAGAUGGGAUAAAGCCGGUACUAGUGGUAGAAAGGAGAAUGAUAAUAAUGCAUACAACUACAACAGAAGUUCAGAGUAACAAGAAUCUGACCAUUCGUCCAGAGAGGAGAAACGAGGAGGAUGAUAUGCACAAGAUUAUGCCCAUUACAACUGAUUUGAUAGAUCAAGUGAGUUGGAAAGCAGUGGACAUGGUGUGUCCCUUUCGAGUUGAUGAAGAAAUUUGGAUGGACAGAUAUGUUUAUUGGCCGAUUGACAAGCCCCGCAGCCGUAUGGGACCACAGUCUAUGAAGUUACUGGUUUCAUUUGACACGGAGACGGAGACUUUUCAGUGGAAACCAGGAUUCAAGUUUGAAGAGGAUCCCCCGAUUGUCCCGAUUUGGGUAUCACUUCAUGAUCUCCCAAUUGAGUUUCUGAACCCGAAGGUUAUUUUCUCCAUGGCUAUGGCGAUCGGGAAACCCUUAAAAGUCGACACCCCAACUCUUAAUCUCACGCGGCCUUCGGUUGCAAGGUUAUGUGUUGAAGUUGAAUUAAAGAAGGAUUUCCCAAAAUCUGUAAAGGUUGGAAGAAAAGGGAAAAAGCAUGAGCAAUUCUUCACGUAUGAGCAUGUUCCCGCCUACUGCUCCAAAUGCUCCAAAAUCGGCCAUAAGGCUGAGGAUUUCAAGAAAGGGAUUGCGAGAAAGUUGGUUGAUGACUCGAAGCAGAAAAACCCAGCACAGGAUGUACCACCAAAAUCGAUACUCAAGAAACUAGGAAACCCUAGUGCGGUUCUGAAUGUCUCGAAUGUUGCGCAGACUAAGGGAUCUUCAUCGGGCUUAACUCGGAAGGAGAAAGUAGUCAUUCCUGUUGAAAUGCAGGGAUCGCCAAGAAAAAUCAUGACUGAGAGUAAGCCAGUUAGUCAAGCAGAAUCUGAAACUACUGUGGUUGGCUUCGCGGCUAGGACUGAGGCGAAGGUUGAUAAUGUUGCGACGGCAGUAGCUAAUCGAUUUGAGGCUUUGGAAUUAAUCACAGAAACUGAUACUGAGGGCUUGAGCAGUGAUGUGCAUCGCAGCUCCCUGAAAUUACGAAGGUGCAAGAGGCUUCGACUGAGUUCCCCGCAGCUGGGACUUAAAAAAUCAGUUGCAGGAGCCACACGGAUUGAUAAUGCAAUUCAAGAAACCUUGAUGAUGCUGGGUAGUGAUACAAGGCUACCGAUGGGGCAUUUUGUGGAUGAUUGUACUGUUGGGAUGCGUACAGAAGAUAUGAUGUUUGCUGAUAUUGAUCAGGAUAGUUGGUCUGAAGGAGAAGCUAAGGAACGUGACGUGCUUGAGCUGGAACCAGCGCAAGGGGUAGUUAAGGCAAAAAAGCGAGGUCAGCCGAUGCUUGAAAAGCCUAAAGUGGAUGAAAUGAGGUGGGAGCUUGGUUUCGACUUGGCUCUCUCAUCUGAGACUAGUAAGAUUUGGGUUUUUUGGAAGAAGGAUUUUUCGGUUUCUUUGAUUGAUGGUAAUGAACAGGUUCUCCACUUUGAGGCAACUCAUGGUUUAGUUCUGGGUGGGGAUUUCAACGUCAUCCGAUCUUUGGAAGAGUAUUCAGGGCAGUCUGUUCAAGAUCAUGUAGCGAUUACAGAGUUCAAUGAGUGCAUAGAGACUUGUAGCUUGUUUGAAAAGUUGCCAAUAUGUGAGGAAUAUACUUGGGGAGGAACUCGAAGUACUGGUUGGAUUUCGGAUGGUACUAUGAUCACCGAUGUGGCUGGAAUUGAGAAUGAUGCGGUACAAGUUUAUAGGGAGCUCUUGAGAGAUUCUGCUUUGAAUCAAGAUGUUGUCGAAGCUCAAAAUGCGUUACUGCUUCAUAGUCCAUCAGCUUUGUCUAAUGAUGAUUGCGAUGAUCUACUGAAACCUUUUGGUUUAGUGGCCAAUUAUAGAAUUCCAAGGGGGUCUUUCGUGGUGUCACAUUUGGCUUUUGCUGAUGAUCUUAUUAUCUUUACAAAGGGGUUGAAAAAGUCGCUCAGGGAGCUGAAUUCGUUCCUUGCUACUUAUGAGCAAGCAUCGGGACAAAAGUUUCAGGAAGAGGAAGACCUUCUUUUUUGGCAGCAUAACCCUAAUGGUUCCUUUACUGUCAAAUCGGCAUACGAUGAUGAGAAAGCGACUUCCGGAGGAAGGUUGGACAUGGAAAAUUUGGUUAAGGCAGUUCCUUUGAGGACCUCUUUCUUUGUAUGGAAGCUGCGAAACAAAUUGCUACCUUUUCCUGAAAUUUUGUGUCAAAUGGGGAUUCAAAUACUGCCUUCGGUUUGUUUGUUUUGUUAUGAGAAUGGAGAGGGCUUUGAGCAUACAGUUUUUUGGUUGUCGCAUGGUAUGCGAGGUCUGGAAGUACUUUGUUGUUUUGUUGCAUCUCAAGAUGAGCGAUACGGCCACUCUUGCUUCAACUUUACAAAGAUAGUUGAGAAAAGGGAACAAGAAUUCGGCGCUAGGAAUGUUGUAUAUGUUGCUGCCGCUUAUGAUCUUGUUGGCCUUAUGAUUAAGGUGCAUGAUUUGAAGGUUAGGAAUUCUGAGGAAAAGGACUUUUUCAAAAGUUUUUUUGGCGUUGAAUUGAAUGAAGUCUCACAGCCUCAUGCAAUGGAGGUAAAAUGGACUCCACCUAUUUCAGAUUCUUAUAUAUUAAAUAGCGACGGUUCUUCUGUGUUGAGUGAAGCAGGCUAUGGAUAUGUUAUUCAUGGAGAAGGAGGAGUUUUUAUUCAUGGAGAAAGUGGUUAUUUGGGAGGAGGUGAUAGUUAUAUGGCAGAGAUGGUUAAAAAUUGGACUAUGAAAAGAUUUGUGGAGUGGAAAUCUAAAACCAAUGAAAUGGGGUCCGAAAAACCCAAGGCCAAGUUCUAUAAAAUUAUUGAUCGGCCUGUUUCAGAAGGAAUUCGGAUUCCAUCAGCUUUUAUGCAUAAACAUGGGCAUAAACUUGGUAAGGUGGUUACUUUGAAAGACUGCUGGGAUAGUAAAUGGAAGGUUACGUUACGCCAUACAGACACGGGAACUAAAUUAAUGGGCCAAGAUUUGAUCAAAUUUGAACAAGAGAGAGGAAUUGCUAUAAACUAUAUACUUGUUUUUACAAUGAAGGACAAUGCCAAGUUGAGGGUUGGUAUAUUUGAUGACACUGCCACAAAAGUAGACUACAGUGGUAAAUGUAAUGGCCGGGGCCAAGAUAAAGAUAAAGAACCAAGGUCUCAAGAAGAGGAUACUGUUUUUCCGUGGUUCGAGUUUACAGUCAAGAAGAGCAUACUCAGUUACCCAUUUCAGUUGGCUGAAAGGAAUGAUCUAUGGGAGGAACUGAUUCGACUGAAUGGCAGUAUAAACAAUGAAUGGCUGGCCAUGGGGGAUUAUAAUAAUGUCCUUGGAGUAGAUGAGAGAAUGGGUGGCAAUCAGUUAACGUUAAACGAGCUACUUGGUUUGCAAAGAUGCGUUAAAAUUUGUGAAUUGCAGGAUUUGAAGCAGCAAAGCCUGAAAUUCACCUGGUCCAACAAACAACUAGGAGAAGGAAGAAUUUGUUCUAGGAUUGAUCGAGCUCUAGUAAAUGGAAAUUGUGUGAUGAAGUAUCAAAGGUCUAAGGUCACUGUUCUAGCUGAGGGAAUAUCUGACCAUAGCCCAUUGUUAGUACAGAUGGAAGAGGAAGUACUUAGGAAACCUAAAUCUUUUAAGUACUUCAACAUGUGGAGUCAGUCAAGGGAUUUUCUAAAAGUGGUGAAGGCAUCUUGGUCAGAACCUGUAAUGGGCACGUGUAUGUAUCAGCUGGUCAAGAAACUCAAGAGGCUUAAAUCAGUGUUGAAGCAACUGAACAGAAAUCAAUUUCCUGAUAUUCAUCAGCAAAUGCAGCAGUCAAGGGCCUCCUUACAGCUAAUUCAGGAAAGGGUUAGUCAGAACCCAACUGAUGAAAAUUUACAAAAAUUGGAGAGAGAAGAAUAUAAAAGCCAUCUAGCUGUGAGUAAAGCGUAUGAAAGCUUUGUAUACCAGAAGGCAAAGGAGUUUUGGAUUAAACAAGGUGAUUCUAAUAGCACGUUCUUCCAUGCAAAGAUGAGGAUUCGUACUAUGAAGAACCGUAUUUUAUCCUUUGUUAAUGAUGAGGGGGUACUGGUGAGUGACUGGAAGUUGGUAGCAGAACAUUUUGUUGGGUUUUAUCAAGCUCAGCUGGGGCAAACCAGUGCAAGGGUGGUAGCUGAUCCUGAUAUUUUCAACUUAGGGCCAACACUGGACUGGAAGAAGUAG